UAUUCAUAUGUAUGCAGUAAGAUCGCGAGGGGGUUUGCCAAUUUCAAAAGCAACACGGGCUCGGCACACCCGAAUGACAAUGGCAGCCUUGCGAACAGGCUGCUGAAGCGCAAGACGGGUAAGGACCUUCUGAUGGACGACCUUGACGACAAGCUUUGGCAAGGUCCUAUUUCUGUUGGUACACCUCCCAACACGUUCACAGUCGACUUCGACACGGGUUCAAGUGAUCUAUUCCUCCCAGGUCCGGCGUGCACAGACCAGAAUUGCGCGGGCCAUAAGAUAUACAACACCGGAGCAAGCAGCACAGCUGCCGACCAGGACCAGACGGUCCAACUCGAGUUCGGCGAUGGAUCGACUGUCUCGGGAGAAGUCUUCCAUGAUACCGUCUCCAUCGCUGGCUUAACAGCGACCAAUCAGGCUGUUGUGGCGGCAUCACAGUACUCCUCGGGCUUUGCACUUGACGUAUCACCGCCCGAUGGGCUGAUGGGCAUGGCUUUCCAAGCGAUCUCGAAUUCGGACAGCCCGCCAGUAUUCCAGACGUUCGUUGCAGAGGGUCAGACUGACUCGCCCGUGUUCGGAUUUACGUUGCUUGACAGUGGGGGAGAGUUAUUCCUCGGUGGAACGGACACGAGCGCGUUCACGGGCAGUUUGACUUUCACACCUCUUAUUACUCAGCCUGCAUUCUGGGAGAUUUCUGCACAGAGUGUGAGUGUCGGUAACCAGGCCGUCGUCACUAGUGCACAGGAUGCUAUUGCUGACACCGGUACAACUCUGUUCAUCGUUGAUACGGAUAGUGCGCAGGCGAUCUAUGCUGCCAUUCCUGGAUCUGCAGACGCAAGCCAAACGGUCGGCCAAGGCUUCUUCACUGUUCCAUGUAAUGCGAUCCCGGACAACGUCAAUGUUAUACUUGGCGGAACAGCGUUCACGCUUUCUCCGGAUACUUUCAACCUUGGUCAAGUCUCAGAUGGGUCUAAUGAUUGUGUUGGAGGUAUUAUCGCCGAUGAUAUUGGCAUGUGGAUCUUGGGUGAUGUCUUCUUGCGCAAUGUCUACACAGAAUUCGAUACUAAGAACUUGCGUGUUGGGUUCGCUCCUGUUCGCACAUAG